UGUAUUAAAAGUAAAACGGAAAAAAAAUUCAUGAAAUUAUGAGAAUACGUCUGAAUUCGUUUUUCAUCUGAUUUCUGUGGAUUCUCGAUUUGAAAAUGAGAUCCUGUAAAACCAGCUUUCAGUUUGUUUCCUAACAUUUACAAGUUGUAGUGUUUUAUGGUUUCUGAACCGGAAGUGCAGUUCUUCAAAAGUUAUUCCAUCAUUUCGAUUGGCGGAGCUUCCAAGUUUGUUUCAUUUAAGCAUUGUGACAACGAUUUUUGUGGGAUCGGUGUUGGAUUACGCAUCUGCUUUAGUCGUGAUAUUUUUUGCGUGGAUUAUCUUCUAUCAAGCGUGAUAGCUUACUAGUUACUACGUACAGUUCUAAACGGGUUUAUUGCUAUCAUGGCGGAUCCGUUAUCCAUUCUCCGCGACUUCCACAUCAACAAGAAGCGCAUUGUGGAGCGCGACGAUCUGAUCAUCUUCAACGACACCGCGUUCAAGAAGAACGCCAAAACCAACUACCUCCAAUAUGGAAGUGAGAAGGAUUCCAUCAACAAGGAGUACUACACUCUGGACUGCCUCGUGUUCUUUCUGGAGAACGAGAAAGUCAACCAUCCCGCUUACGUCAUCGCAGCCACGAACAGGAAUCUGACGGUGGUGAAGCGACCAGAUCGCAAGGAACUAUUGGAGUAUCUCAGUGGAGAAGCAGCGACUAGUGAACGCAUCGAUCGCUAUGCGCCCAUCGAACUGCAUGUGCCCUUCAAGCGGACGGCCGAGGAGGCCCCGCAGCAGGCCCGUCGGCCCCGUGUGGAGACGGAGAAGAGCAUCCGGGAUCGGGAGAAACUCCAGGCGAGGUUGGAGGCCCCGCGGGAUCAGACAGCGACUGUCAGUACGGAAAAAUUAACGUCGUUAUCGGACAUGAUUUCCGUGGAAAAGAUCGCCGCAAUCAAAGCCAAACGUCUAACCAACAAGCGCAACACCAUUCGCACCACGGAUGACGACAUGAUAGCGACUAGUGAUCUGCAGCCGGUGAUGGACGCCGACGUGGAUGCUCUGCGGGAAGUGGUUAUCCGCGAGCGUGUCGGUCGGACCCGUGCCGAUAUAACGCGCGGUCCGAAGAAUCUUACGGAGCGUUUGGCGCCCAUAUUCGCCAUGAUUAAAAACAAGGAUGAGCGCAAGAAAACGGACGCGGCUAAAGUGGUACCCACAGUCAAACCCUCCAUUCCCGCGCCUAAACCCGCUGUGGCCCCGGUGUCGUACAACCGCUACGAACAGGAACAGCUCAAUAAAGCCAGUGGCUUGGAGUUCAAUAUCAACACUAUGCAGUCAUACCGUGCGGCACAAGAUGCCAAGGCAGCGGAUGGAUCUCCGGAGAAAAUGUCAGGCAAAACGCAGACGGACGGCGGUACAGGACAGCGGAAAACCCCUUCCAAGACUCCAAUUAUUGUUGUACCCUCGGCACCCACUUCCUUAAUCACCAUGUACAACUGUAUGGAUAUCCUUCAAGACAACAAAUUUGUUCCGUCGGAUACAAAAAAGAAGGACGGUACCAAAUACGAAAGCGAGAUGUUGAUCCAGCGCAAGAAGCCGGACGGCACGACGGUGUCCAUUCGUGUGAUGGAUAAUCCCAGUAAACUGAGCAUGGAGGAUUGGGAUCGCGUCGUCGCCGUUUUCGUGCAGGGACCGGCUUGGCAGUUUAAGGGAUGGCCUUGGAGUGGCAACCCUGUUGAUAUCUUUGAGAGACUUAAAGCUUUCCACUUGAAAUUCGACGAAAUGCCGACGGAUAAGAACGUGGCCGGAUGGAACGUGCAGGUGGUACCGAUUAAUCGUACCAAACGCCACCUGGAUCGCGCUAGUCUGCUCAAAUUCUGGGAGAGCCUGGACAAGUUUGUUGUAAAGAAUCGACCCCAUCUGCGCUGGUAGCUCGUACAGUUGGAUGGAUGCAGUUUCCCUUUAACCUUUUUAAAAAAAGUUUAUUAUUGUAUCAACAUUGUGACAGACAUACUUGUGGUUUUAGUUUCGAAUAAGGAAUGAUUUUGUUCGAUAUAUUGUAUUGUUGCUUCACCCAAAUGUUUGGUUUUUUGUUCUACUUGGGUGAACAGUGGACAACUGGACAUUCUGUUGAUACGUUAAUGGAAUUUUGUUUCGGUGUCUAAAAACCGCGAUGGUUACAGAAAUUCGAAUGACACGAAUCGUUGUUUGCCUUUUAGUGACGAAAUCUGAUUCGAAUAAAAGAA